AUGAGUUACCACCAGUAUCUCCCUGAUCUAAGUCUUCCGCGCUUCCAGGUGAUGCGCAAUCAGGAUGCGCACGAGUACGCGGAGGCCUUCAAGAAGGGCCGAAACCCGCCCUGGCUACACGCCCUCUACACGCACUGGAAAGAUCUUGCCCAGGAGCCUUUCAAGGGGGUGACAACUGACGGAAACGUCCGCCCCAACCUCUUCACUCUCCAGGACGAACAAGUCCCCAUCGACACCAUCGUCUCAGCAACAAAGCACCUCUUCUCUCUUCUUUCACCAGACCAGCAACAGACACUCAGCUAUCACAUCGACUCCCCCGAAUGGCGCACGUGGUCGAACCCCGAGUUCCUCCUCAGCCACAAAGGCCUGCGCCUCGACGAAGUCAACCCUGAAAUCCGCGAUGCCAUAUUGGCUGUCUUACAGGCAACCCUCUCCCCAGAAGGUUAUGAUAAGGCGAUAAAGGCGAUGCGGAUAAAUCACUUCCUCGGUGAGCUCGUGGAAUCCCCGCGCGUCAUGAACGAGUACUCCUACAAUUUUGUCCUCUUCGGGAACCCCUCAACCACAAGACCCUGGGGCUGGUCUUUCUACGGCCACCAUCUGUGCCUGAAUAUCUUCCUGUAUAAGAGCCAGAUAGUCGCGUCGCCGUGGUUUACCGGCGCCGAGCCGAAUCUGAUUGACUCAGGCCCGUACAGCGGAACCCGCAUUCUGCACGUCGAGGAAACGCUCGGUCUUAAGCUCAUGCAGUCCCUGCCCCCGCACAUUCAAAGGAAGGCGCAGACCUACGCGCUCAUGAAAGACCCCGCCAUGCCGCCGGGCCGCUGGAACCGCGACGACCAGCGCCACGUCUGCGGCGCCUACCGCGACAACCGGAUCGUGCCGAACGAGGGUGUUCCUGUCACACUAUUCACCGAAGACCAAAAAGCCACUCUCUACGAGAUCCUAAAUCAGUACCUUCUAUAUCUCCCCACAUACGCACGUGCCCUGCGAAUCGCCCAUAUCAAGCAGUAUGAGUCUGAGACGUAUUUCUCAUGGAUCGGCGGGUAUGGAGACCACGACCCGUUCUACUUUCGCAUCCAGUCGCCUGUUAUCCUGGUGGAGUUUGAUCAUCAUUCGGGCGUGUUUUUGAAUAAUGAGGAGCCUAAGAAAUUCCAUAUUCAUACUUUGCUGAGGACACCGAAUGGGGGCGAUUAUGGGUUUGCAUUGAGGCCGUUGGUGCCGCCGAUUGAAGAUGCGAAUGGGAAAGAGAUCUCUUGGUAA